GAAUUUGGCUGUCGCCGCGCGGACACACGGACGGACAAGGACGCUCCAGAGCCGAGAGCUGGAGACGGCAGUUCCCGAGACGUGCGCGAGCUUCCCUUAGAUCUGCGGCUCUGUCGCAGCCCUCACAUUCACCUGGGAGAGCGUGCGGCGUGCGUGCGGAGAGGAUUCCCAUUUUCAAAGAUCGCCUAACUUUUUCCAGACAAAUGGGCUCUAAGGAUUAAAAACAAAAACGAGCAAAUAAAACAAGACACAGAAGAAGACGAACUGAAGUGAAAUAAGGAUAUUUCUGUCCGAAGUGAAGAGUUUGAUUUUGGAGCAGUGGGGAGUCAAACAGGGAGAAUACAAGCUGAAUGCGUUUUACGCACUGGGCGCGCAUCAAAUAGAGAGCCUGAACUCCUGACAGUUUCUCUGUCCUCUUCGUCCCCGAAUCAUCAUACUUAUUUAGCUCAGGGUGAAGCGAGAUUUAUCAGAAUAAAAACGCGUUUGAUGGACUUAUCGCAGGACUUAACCCUUCUGGAAUUGUUGAACACGCCGCGAACGCACCUACCGUUGACCACUACCAUGCUUCGGACGGAGUGAUAAUUUACUCGAGGUUCCUGCAAACCUCAGGGUUGCAGCCAUGGGCGUAUCACUUUAUCUUUGAGAAGAACCAGAUUUCUUCACUUUCGUCACCCUCUUCCCGUCCCCUUCUCCAUUUCUAUACAUUUGUUUUCUGGGAAACUGGGGAAGUGACUCACCAGGAACCAGACCCCAUUGACCCUGCCUGUGGAACUGCCUCCUUUCCUUCAGCUGGAAACCAUGAAAAACCUUUUUCUCAUUGCUGGCCAUUCAGGAUGGCCUUUUCCAGCACUGCUAUCAUUUUGUGCCACUUUUUUACUGAUGGGCGGUUGCUACCAUGCCGCCCCCUCAGGCCCUGAGUCCGACUCCUGCUCCACCUUAGUUCAGAACCGCUUCUUUGGGUUCUUUUUGUCAUCAUCAGUGUUCCCCACUGUGCCUUGUUCCUGGACCCUACAGAACCCAGAUCCACGACGGUACACAACAUUCAUCAAGGUGACCAAACCCACAGGGGGCUGCCAGCCGUUUCAACUGCGGACCUUCCAGUAUGACUCCUUCCUGGAGACCACGCGUACCUACCUGGGCAUGGAGAGUUUUGAUGAGAUUGUGAGGCUGUGUGACUCCUCUGUUCCUGUGGCCUUCCUGGAGGCUGGAAAACAGUUCCUGCAGAUGAGGAAAGGACCUCCUCGGGCAGGCAUGGCCAUCCAAAACGGUGAUGAGGAUUUCAAAACCGAGUACCUGGUGGUGGGGAAGCGCAAUCCAAGCAUGGCGGCCUGUCAGAUGCUCUGCCAGUGGCUGGAAGACUGCUUGGCCUCCAGCACAUCCAACAGACCCUGUGGCAUAAUGCAGACCCCCUGCUUGUGCUGGGACAAGCCUCCACAGCUCAGUCUGGGUGAUAGUUGUUAUCACAAUGGAGUUUACUUGGAAAACUGUUUGCCCAGCGUGAAAGAGAGUGGAAAAGAUGCGGAAAUAAAUGGUGAGUAGUGUUCAUUUUAUCGCAGUUUAAAAUAAAAAGUGUCAGUAGAAAUCACAUCAUUGUUUGUGGAUCGACUGCUCGGCCUUUGAAAAUCACUGAAAUGCUGAGAUUAACAAUUAUCUCUGCUUCUCCUCUAAACAAUAGGGUAGAAAAUAGUUUUCUGCCAA